AUGACGGGUUGCAACGCCUCCCAGGGCCAUCCCUCUUUCUUCCUUCUCCAAGGUAUUCCUGGGAUGGAGGACAAACACAGAUGGAUCUCUAUUCCCUUCUCAUCCAUGUACUUCAUCACCAUCCUCGGGAACUGCACCAUCAUCUUCACCAUCUCCGCAGAGUGCUCCCUGCACAAGCCCAUGUUCCUGUUGCUCUGUAUGCUGCCCCUCACAGACCUGGGCAUGUCCACAACCACCAUCCCCAAGGCACUGUGCAUCUUCUGGUUUGGCCAGAGUGAGAUCAGCUAUGAGGGAUGCCUGGUCCAGCUGUUCUUCAUCCACUCCAUCUCUGCCUUGCAGUCCUCCAUCCUCAUGUCCAUGGCCUUUGACCGCUAUGUGGCCAUCUGUGAGCCCCUGCGCUAUGCCACCAUCCUUUCCAACAGCCGCAUUGAGCUCAUUGGCCUAGUGAGUUUAGGGAGAGCUAUCUUGUUCAUCCUCCCCAUGCCCAUCCUCCUCCAGCAGGUGCCCUUUCAUGCCAAGCAUGUCAUCCCCACCACCUACUGUGAACACAUGGCUGUGGUGAAGAUGGUGUGUGUGGACACCACAGUCAAUAGGAUAUAUGGUCUGGUGGUGGCCUUUUUGGUUGCUGGGGUAGACAUCUCAGCUAUUGCCUCAUCUUAUGUACUGAUCAUCCGGGCUGUAAUGUGGCUGUCUUCUAAGGAAGCCCACCAAAAAGCAGUAAACACGUGCACCACACACAUCUGUGUCCUGCUGAUCUCUUACACUCCCUCACUGUUUUCUUUUCUCACUCACCGCUUUGGCCGGGGAAUUCCACCCCAUAUCCACACCAUUCUUGGCAGCCUCUACUUCCUUGUGCCUACAAUGCUCAAUCCUAUUAUUUAUGCAGUGAAAACCAAGCAGUUUUGGGAUAAAUUGACCAAAUAUAGGGGCUGGAGGAAGGAGACCAUAACCACGGCCUAUGGUCAGAAACCCCUCUGAUCAUCUGACUCUGGUGGGUAUAAGAAAAAAAAAGUUAAGUGGAUGCUGUUCCAGGGGGAAUUGGCUAGUGAGAAAAAUAUGUCAUAUUGACAAAUUAGCUGCCAAAACUCUUCGACAGGCUAAGACACAGGAGAACUUCUUGCUCUC